ACUGAACACGAUGGACUCACUUGGCACUAAUGUCUCCAGCCCUUUGGUUAAAGAUGAGUAACCAUGGGACAGAAUUUAAAGCUGUUGCAUAUUCAAGCAGAGUGGAAGUGGGUGGAAGGAUCGACACAGACUCAAAAGCUCAAAGGGUCUGAAACCACAUCCUUCGUCACACCACGAAUGAUGAUGAUGUGUUCGCAGUGACACCAACAUUGUUCCAUGAAACAUUCACACAGACAUCAGCGCGUCAGUGACUCAGUCAGAUGCUGAAAGUUUAGGUGGAAGGAUUUCAAAUUUAAAUAAGUUUCAGAUGCUGUUUUAUUCCGUCUAACCAGAUAACAGUGGGUUUUCCCCAUGGCUCUUAAACACCUGUUCUUAUUGUUGCUGUGGGACCUCACUUUGAUUCCCCAUGUUGUCUCGUCUAUGUGCAAUGUCAGCUGCACGACAGAUUUUAAGGCCUCACUGAACUGUUCCUGCUUGGGCUCUGUGCCGCCAUUCGCUGUCCUUCUCAAUGUCACAUGCAGUUGUGACGACCUUGUGUUUCAUGGCAGCUGUGAAGUCAAACCCCCUCAGUCCUGGUGCGUAAUACAAUCAAAGGACAUUGAUGAUGUUGCAUACGUUGAAACCAAGUGUACCACGACAGUCAGUCAACAGGGUGAUGAUCGACUUUUAGUGAAUGCCAGUGAGCCGUGGAGGCUGGCUGAUGUGGUGAAACCUCCGCCUCCUGUCGGUGUCCAGGUGACAAACACUGACGGAUUCUACAACAUCACCUGGCACCUCGUCAACAAAAAAGACUGUCUCAUAUACAGUGUGCGCAUAAGAGAGAGCAAUAACUUGUCAAAGGAUCCAGUUUACUCCCUUUCACCGGUACUACAAAGGUUCUUCCUGUUAGAAAGUAAGAGGCUCCAAUCACAUGUGCGCUAUACUGUGGACAUUCAGGCCAAAAUGGAUCCUGAUAAUCACUAUCUUGGUCCUUGGAGCGAGUGGAGUUCCAGUGCAGAAUGGAGAACUACAGGAACUUCAGAGAUUAAAGGAAUGAAUGAACAGUGGUGGUACAUCUCCCUGCCUGUCAUUUUUGUCCUUCUUGUGUUGCUGGGUUAUUCCAAAAAAUCGUGGUGGCAGAAAAAACUCCAGCAGAUUGUAUUCAUCCCCAAAGCAGAUGAGUUUUUCAAGCCACUCGACCUCAGCUAUGGAGGGAACUUCAAGGAGUGGGUGAAGCCUGUCUUCAGCGAGUGUGAUUACGUGAGGAUCAACUCUCAUGCUCAGAUGAUUAGUGAGAAGCAGCCCAAAGUCCUUCAAUGGAACAACGAGAAGCAAAGUAACAGGGAGGGCAACGGGAUGAAUGGAGGUGUUGAUCUCUUCCACAUGCUGCAGCCAAACAGCGACUCGCUGCUGUUCUUCCAGGACGGAGGCAGUUCACAGGGCGCCGGUCACUCCACAGGACACGUCUCCAUCCAUACUGUAACGCUGUCUGGAGAAGAAGAGUUUGAGCAGGAAGUGGUGUCACAGAGCUCAGUCAACACCUUCAGAAGUUACCAAGAUGGAGAACAUAUCGGUUCAUUUGAGGGGGACAACAGAGAACAAGCUCGAUAUGAUUUAGAAGAACCUCAUAGGCAAAGUGGGUUAUUACCACAACAUGGAAUAUCUAAUGACUUAUUAGAGGAAAAUAGAAACUUUCAGCCGCCUGCUCAGAUUAUUGAACCAGAGAGGGUAUCACUGGUCUCUUUCGCCUCAAACGAGCAGUCAGAAGAUGGCUACCCUCGCAUGGACCUGGACACUAUUGACAGUGGAUUUGGAGAGUGCAGCAGCCCUGGAGCCUCAGACUCAAACAUGGCAGAGCAGAUGGACACUGAAUUGUUUCAUGAUCACAACAGCUCCAAUUCUAACUAUGUCAAACAGUGGAUGAUAUGUGGCUCUAUACAAGAAGGCUCCAGCAACUCAGAGAACGAACUUCACGAAACACAGUGAUUGUUCUGCUGAUUUACUGCCAUCAUCACUGUGGGACACGUAUUCAACCCUUAAAUGUUUUCUGUAUGUCUUUAUGUCUUGUGUCUUUAUUAGGAUCCCCAUUAGCACUAGCAUGAGCAUUGGCUAUUCUUCCUGGGGUCCUCACACACACAAAACAUACAUAAACAUACAUACAACAAAAUUAAAACAAAACAAAACAGCUCAUAAUUUCAUGGAAUUUUACAGUGCUGUAUUAAAUGAAAACUAAAAUGGUCAUCCAAUUAUCGCCAUCCUAAGGCCAAACAAAAGUAAAUACAAAUAAGAGUACAUAAUAAUAUAUGCAUACAUAGCCACAGGCACAGUUCAAAUGUACUUUAUAAUACUUUAAAAAAUGUUUAGCAACCUUUUGAAAUGUACUUGAGAAUGUUCCCGAAUGAUAUGGAUGGGUAAAGAGUUCCAGCUGACCAUGGCUCUGUACAUGACUGUUUUCUGUCCCUUAUUUGAUUUAGAUUUGGGUAAUACAAACCUUCCUUCUAUUGUAUGUCGUGUUUGAUAGUUAUGUUGAGCAUACUGCGCUAUAAACCUUUGUGAUAAUAUAUGUGGUGAGUGAGUCACUGUAAUAUUUCUGACAAAAUGUAACAAAAUAUAAUUAGACCUCUGUCUGACACCAUUUCAGUGUCUCCAGCAUUUCAGUUACUGUGGUUCUGUAGGAGCACUGCAGUGCACAUCGUGCUGCCUUAUUUUGUGCUACUUUUUCUGCAGCACGAGACCAUAUAACCAAACAAUAAUCAAGCUGCGACAGAACCAAAGCAUCCAGAACUUGUCUACUGACAUCUAUUGGCAAAUAUUUUACAAUUAUUUUUACAAGUGACACACCCCUUCCCAUUUUUACAACAUUAUCAAUUUGUUUAGACCAAGAUAAGUUAUGAUCCAGGGUUAUACCUAGCAAUUGUGUCUCCUUGACCUGUUCAAUUUGAAUAUUGUUUAAAUGUAGUUGCAAUUUUAGUUCACCUUUUAACUGAUGAUUUGAUCCUAUUAAUAAAGAUUUUGUUUUUCCAGCA